AUGGAUUCGAACCCCGCUUUACUGCGCGAGGUCCGCCUUUACGAGAACCACAGUGAAAGAGAGCAAAUGGAGAAUAUGAGUGAACUGUUCGCAGUGCUGAACGCUCUCGAGUGCUUGGAAAAAAUGUACAGCAGGGAUUACAUUUCUAACGAGGAAUAUAAAGUCGAAUGUUUCAAGUUAUUGGAUCAGUAUAAGGUAACGAUGCGUUUAGUUCACGGCACAAAUGUGGAAGGUUUCGCCUCGAAGUAUCGCCUGCACUGCCCCGCUGCACUGGAACGGAUUCACGAAGGACGUCCAAUAACUGUCAAAGACGACAAGGGGAAUGUUCUGAAAAACAUUGCCGUAAUUGUAGAGGUUUUCAUCACAUUUUUCGACCAGCUCAAAUUGAAUGUUCGCGCUGUAGAUGAACUCUUCCCCAAUUUAAACGAACUUUAUACGUCAAUUAAUGCGAUGAGUAGCUUACCAGAAGACUUUGAUGGACGUGCGAAAGUGAAAGCAUGGCACGACCGUCUUUCUACAAUGUCAGCCUCUGAAGAAAUUACUGACGAAGAAGCUCGUCAAAUGAUUUUCGAGCUUGAGGCCGCCUAUUCGUCUUUCAUCAAGUUUCUACAUACGCAGCAACAUUAA